AUGCUGACAUUUGUGUGGUCCAGCAAUCUGGUCGUCCUUUCCCAGAUCCGUGCUGUUCAGGCCGUCGUGAAGCCUCUGAGUAUUGCACCGAGCCAGCUUGGUGACUUACGAUCUAAGACACUUCCACAAACGACCAAAGACUUAUCACACGUUGGUAAUAGGGAUGGGAAUGAUGGCCGCUGGUCGACUUUCCAGAUCCAAGUUGGGAUUCCAGGACAACCUAUUCGUCUUCUGCCUGGCACGUCCGCAUCGGCUUGCAGCACAACCUGGGUUGUGAUCCUGCAGGGAUAUACUCAGGCGAAUGCAACCCUUAUGGACUGCGAUGACGACCGAGGCUAUAGCUUCGCCAGCAACACUUCCUCUACUUGGUCAACGCAGCGACUGGCAAAUGGUAGCCUCUUUCAGCUCAGCACCUACGAGGAAAGUGUGCUUGGUCUCGGUGGUAUUGCCUACUACGGCUUCGACGACCUGGGUCUUGGACCCCUCGGCUCAGGCCUGCCUUCGGUAUCUUCGACGAUGAUUGCAGGUCUUGCCACGAACGACUUCUGGCUGGGCAGUCUUGGGCUCAGCCCUUUGCCGUUCAACUUCACAGACCUGGAUGAUCCGAUACCAAGUAUGCUGAGUACACUCCGCAACCAGUCGCUGAUCCCAUCCUGCUCAAGGGCUUAUACAGCCGGUGCAAGCUAUAAACAGCCACCAGUGUUCGGUAGCGUGACGCUUGGCGGGUUCGACACGACGAGAUUCGUGCCAAACCAUGACGACUCAAUGUUCUCGUUCGAAAGUGAUAUUUCCCGAGAUCUUCUCGUGAGUCUGACUGCAAUCACCUACGAUACUACUGGAAGCUCGCCGCUGCUUGCCCAGAGGAUUGAUAUUUUCAUCGACUCCAUGGUCUCCGAGCUAUGGUUGCCGAUCAGUGCAUGUGAAGCCUUCGAGUCGGCUUUCAAGCUCAUUUGGAAUGACACUAUUCAGUAUUAUCUCAUCAAUGAAAGCGUCCAUGACGCUCUACUGGCGCAGGAUCCAGUGUUCACAUUCAGCCUUGCACAACCGGGAGCAGAGGAGGGUGCUUACAGCUCGAUCAGUGUAAAUCUGCCAUACUCAGCUUUCGAUCUCAACCUCACUCAGCCAAUAUUCGACACGCCCACUCGUUAUUUCCCGCUGAAGCGUGCGCAGAAUGCCACGCAAUACACGCUUGGCAGAACUUUUCUGCAGGAAGCAUAUGAUCUCGUUGCUAUUCUGCUACCCAUCGAAACGAGCACGAAGCUGGAUAAGAAGAACCCGCAUUUAGCGUCUGGUGUCCUGGCUGGGAUCGUGGUGGUGGCCAUCUUUGUCGUCUACUUUGCAAUAAUGGUGACGCUAUGUUUGGCGAAGCAGCGAAGUAAUCUGAGUGGUCAGACCCAGGUGCGUGGUGAAGAGUCCGGCGACAAGGAUCCGGUAGAGAUGCCAAAAGAUCAUGCCGUCGUAGGCGCCGCAGAAGCAGAUGGCGACGCUGCUGUACAUGAAAUGGAUCGAGAUCAAGCAAUCAAAGCAGAGCUGCAGACUGGUGCAGGACAUGCUGGACGACAUGAACUUGAGCAGCAGCUCCACUUCCAUAAGUCAGUGGUGCGGAAGGUCUGGCGGUAG